UGGAUUGAUGAUUUUGCAAAAGCUGGUGCUUCACUAUACACUUUCCAUAUAGAGGCAACGGAGGAACCACUAGUGAUUAUCGACAAGAUUCGUAAAGCUGGAAUGAAAGUUGGAAUUGCUGUCAAACCUAAAACACCAAUCGAUUUGAUUUAUCCUUUGGCGGAUAAAAUUGAUAUGUGUUUGAUUAUGACUGUUGAACCUGGUUUUGGUGGUCAAAAGUUUAUGCAUGAUUGUAUGCCAAAGGUGAUGGAGUUAAGAAAGAGAUUUCCUGGACUUGACAUCGAAGUUGACGGAGGAUUGGCACCUGAUACAAUAGAAGAGGCUGCUAAAGCAGGAGCAAAUGUAAUUGUAGCUGGAAGUUCAAUUUUUAAUUCUGAUGAUCCCAAAGAGGUUAUCACACAUUUUAGGAAAGUAGUUAAUACUGAACAAGGAGUAAAUAUAUGA